AUGGCCCUUCUCUGGGUUGUCCUUGGCUUCCUCCUCUUUGGCAGCAGCUUUGGCUGCGGGGUUCCUGCCAUCUACCCUGAGCUCAGUGGCCUGUCCAGGAUCGUCAAUGGGGAGGACGCUGUCCCCAGCUCUUGGCCCUGGCAGGUGUCCCUGCAGACCCGCUCUGGCUUCCACUUCUGCGGGGGCUCCCUCAUCAGCCAGCGCUGGGUGGUCACCGCCGCCCACUGUGGGGUCAGGAAGAGCCAUCGCGUGGUGGCCGGGGCAUCUGAUCUCGGCUCUGACGAGGAGGCUGUCCAGGUGCUGAGGAUCGCUGAGGUUUUUGAACACCCCCUGUGGGACCAGUAUACAGUCCGCAACGACAUUGCCCUGCUGAAGCUGGCCACACCUGCCCGCCUCUCAGAGACCGUGUCCCCCGUGUGCCUGCCCAGAGCCAACGCCAGCUUCCCUGUGGGCUCCCGCUGCGCCACCACGGGCUGGGGCAAGACCCGGUACAAUGCCAACAAGACCCCCGACAGGCUGCAGCAGGCGGUCCUGCCCCUCCUGUCCAACGCCGAAUGCAAGAAGUACUGGGGCACCAAGAUCGCCAACGUGAUGAUCUGCGCUGGCGCCAGCGGCGUCGCCUCCUGCAUGGGCGACUCUGGCGGCCCUCUGGUCUGCCAGAAGGAUGGAGCCUGGACCUUGGUAGGCAUCGUGUCCUGGGGCAGUGGCCGGUGUCUCCCAUUCUCACCAGGCGUGUACGCCAGGGUCACUGAGUUUAUUCCCUGGGUUCGAGAGGUUAUGGAGACCACCUGAGCUCCUGC